AUCUUCAUAGUGAGUGAGUCUGAGAGACAGCGAGAACCAUCGGAGCUUGGCCGAGAGAGACACAAAUCCGACGGUAAACGAUGUUUCUCCGAGCGAUCGCACGGCCUCUGAUGGCCCGGGUGAAGCAGACGACGGGGAUCGUAGGGCUGGACGUGGUCCCAAACGCGAGGGAGGUUCUGAUCGAGCUCUACUCCAAAACCCUAAAGGAGAUCCAGGCCGUCCCGGAGGACGAAGGCUACCGCAAAGCCGUCGAGAGCUUCACUCGGCAGCGCCUCCAGGUGUGCCGUGAAGAGGAGGACUGGGAGGCCAUCGAGAAGAAACUCGGCUGCGGCCAGGUCGAGGAGCUCAUCGAGGAGGCGCGUGACGAGCUCACGCUCAUCGGAAAGAUGAUCGAAUGGGAUCCAUGGGGUGUUCCGGAUGAUUACGAGUGUGAGGUUAUCGAGAAUGAUGCUCCAGUUCCCAAACACGUUCCAAUUCACCGGCCUGGUCCUCUUCCUGAGGAGUUCUACAAAACGCUGCAGGGUAUUACUUCGGACCAAACGAAGCUGGAUGAGGCUAAAGCCACAUCUAUUGACUCUGAAUCAAAGGCAUAAGGGUUUGUUGUUUCUGUUUUGACGAACCUUAGAUUUCCAAUUUGAACUUUAUCAUUCUCACGGAACCCUCCUGCUUAUCUUUGGUACAAUGAGCUUGUUUGUAGAAUUGAAUUAUGGGAGAGAGAGGCUAUAAACUUUAAUAAUCUACACUUGUGUUUGUAGCAAGUGAAUGUCUAAGCUAAACCAAAGCUAAAUCAUAGCAAGAUAUUCAAGGCCUGCUCGUUUCAUUGGGAA